AGAGUGCAUGUGUGAGUGCGUGUGUGUAUGUGCAGAGAGAACUAUAUUGUAAGAUACAAGUGAGAAGAAGGGGAAAAAAAAGCAUAGUACUUAUUUUUAUGAUGAAUUUUCUUCUUCUAUGAGGAAACAGUCGGUCAAAGGCAGUCGGCGGCACGUUGAUACACUCUUCAUGGCCUCGUCUCUCCACUCAGAAAAAUGAAUGCAAGGAUUGUUUUGUGGAUGAUUCUCACACUCUUUCAACAAAGAUGUGCCUUGUCGUCAAACUACACUCUCAGUCAGUGGCCAGCACAGUUAUCCUCGCUGCGCCAAGGAGAUCCUGUCCACCUCCUGUGCUCGGUGUUCUUUGACCAGAAAAACGACAGGUGUUCGGGUCGGCACACCGUGCACUGGCUGAGAGCUGGAUCCCGUUCCGGUCUCGUCCAUGCCGAUGGAAAGACCAAUGAAGAAUGCGACGGGUUGAGUCCCAAACGAUGCAUCUAUAAGAUCUUCAUCAAUGUCAGUGAGUCGGAUGGCGCCACCUACUACUGCGCUCUCGAGGCUUGUGGAAGCCUCGUGUUUGCAACAGGAACAAAACUGGACUUGCAUGAAAGAGUGAUGCCACUUGAUGGUUCACACAAAGAAAUUCUUCUAGUUUUGUCUUCCAUCGUGGCCUUAAGUCUGCUGGUCAUCGCCUUACUGAUCAAUGUCAUCGUGAAAAACAACACAGCCUCUUUCUCAAAGCAAAGCAAGAACCCUUGUGAUUUUCAAGGCCCUCCGACAUUAAAUAAGGAAGAAAAUGCCCACCUUAACUCAACUGUGGUUUUCAGCAUGGUGGAAAGCAAUACGCGAGAUGCAGCACAGGCCAAGGCUUCGCUCAUGACUUGCACCGUACGUGCUAAAAGCUAGCUCACUAGCUAAAUGCGAAUUAGCAACAAUACUGCUGACAAAAAUAUGUUUCUAUUGUCAUUACUUGAAGCUGAAAAAUUCUUAGUUGAAUAUUGCACUGAAAAAUAUAAUGCAAUGUGAAUAAAAUUUCUGGGAAAAAAUACUAUUAUUGUAUUCAUAUUUUAUGAAAACAUUUUUUUUCAUCAGGGCGUUUGGAAAACAACAGGACAUUUAAUCAUCCGUGUAUGUCAUCAUUGGGGGGUAUUUUAUUUUGUAUGAAUGUAAAAUCUAUAAUAUUUUUAUUAUUUGCAUAUAUUAAUCAUCCAAGGAUCCUACACAAAUUGUACACAAAUGUAUUUUCUAUGAAUGUAAAAACAGUUAAUUAUUUGCACAUAUUUAUUAAGCAUCCCAGGAUCCUAUCAAAGGUGCUGCAGAAAUUCAAAGCAACUGUAUGUAAAAGCACAACAAAUAUCUGAGGUGUUGUCUCAUUGUCAAAAUUGGAUCAUAUGAAAUCACAAUUUUCUUUACAUCCAUUUAAGCUGACCCUGAGCAAGAGGCGGGAUACUCCCCUAACUGUUCUCCAGACAAACAUAGGGCACACACAGACAAACAGCUAUUCGUCCUCUUAUUCACAGCGAGUCAUUUUAG